AUGCAGCUUCCACUAUCUGCUUUACUUCUUUUGAAUUCGACCAUCCCAACACUUGGCACCAACCCUUACUUACAAAGCGUUCUAAAACAGCCCGUUGAAUCUCCCGAGGCAAUUUACCGAAGACAAGCAGCACAACCCUUUAACAACGACUACGAUGGUCCACUAUGGACUUCACCACCAAGCUAUCCUUCUCCAUGGGGCUCUGGCCUGGGAGAUUGGGGCACCGCCUACGAAAAAGCACAUGCUUUUGUCAGCCAACUCACAUUGAUGGAGAAAGUCAAUCUGACCACCGGCGUAGGGUGGGAAUCUGGGCCAUGUGUUGGAAAUGUAGGAUCAAUUCCGCGUCUGGGAUUCCCAAGCUUGUGUAUGCAAGACUCGCCCUUAGGAAUCAGAUUAGCCGACUACGUUUCUGCUUUCCCCGGGGGUGUCAAUGUGGCUGCCACUUGGGAUCGAAACCUUGCCUACCUCCGUGGCCAAGGUAUCGGCGAAGAGGGCAGAGACAAAGGUGUUGAUGCGGUGCUAGGGCCUGUCUGUGGUCCUCUUGGGCGCGCUCCAGAAGGUGGUAGAAAUUGGGAAGGUUUCAGCCCUGAUCCAUAUCUCACGGGUGCUUUGAUCGCUCCGACUGUGGAGGGCAUUCAGAGUGCUGGUGUGAUCGCGACCACCAAGCAUUACAUCGCCAACGAACAAGAGCAUUUCCGCCAAGUAGGUGAAUCCAUCAGCUAUGGCUUCAACAUCACCGCCACCUUGAGCUCGAAUAUUGAUGACAAGACAAUGCAUGAGCUCUAUCUUUGGCCCUUCGCCGAUGCUGUUCGUGCGGGAACUGGCUCUAUCAUGUGCUCAUACCAGCAAAUAAACAACUCUUACGGCUGUGCUAAUUCAUACACACUCAACCAUCUUCUCAAAAAUGAACUCGGAUUCCAAGGUUUUGUCAUGUCUGAUUGGCAAGCUCAACACUCUGGAGUUGGCACCGCCUUCGCUGGACUCGAUAUGUCCAUGCCUGGUGACACAGUUUUUGAUUCGGGUUACACUUUCUGGGGAACGAACCUCACCAUUGCAGUUCUAAAUGGCACCGUUCCUGAAUGGCGCGUAGAUGAUAUGGCCGUGAGAAUCAUGGCAGCCUACUAUUACGUAGGACGUGACUCGAGCUAUACACCAACCAACUUCAAUGCUUGGACCCAAGAUACCUAUGGCCACAUCCAUGCAAUUGAUACCAAUUCUCCAAUUGAUCUCAUCAAUCAACAUGUUAGUGUUCGUGGUGAGCAUGCUCGCAUCAUCCGUGAAGUUGGAGCCAAAUCCAAUGUCCUUUUGAAAAACAAUGGAGCUCUUCCUCUCACAGGUAAAGAGAAACAAGUCGGAAUCUUUGGCCAAGAUGCGGGCAGCAACCCUUGGGGUGCGAAUGGUUGUCCAAACCGAAAUUGUAACAACGGAACCUUGGCCAUGGGAUACGGUAGUGGUACCUCAGAGUUCCCCUACCUCGUCACUCCAGAGCAGGCUCUCCAACAACAUAUCCUGACACAGACUAACAGCGAGGUUUUUGCAAUCCUCGACAACUACGCAGAUAGUCAGAUCAAGAGUGUCGCCUCACAAGCUGAUGUUGCAAUUGUUUUCGCCAAUGCCCAAUCAGGAGAAGGUUUCAUCACCAUCGAUGGCAACACCGGAGACCGCAACAACUUAUCACUCUGGGAAGGCGCCGACCGAUUGAUUGGUAAUGUCACUACAUAUAAUCCCAACACAAUUGUUGUUCUUCACACCGUCGGACCUGUCAAUGUCUCCGCAUGGUAUGACAAUGAAAAUGUCACAGCCAUCAUCUGGGCUGGUCUACCUGGUCAAGAGAGUGGCAACGCCAUCCUUGACGUCAUCUACGGCUUUGUCAAUCCUGGGGGAAAGCUGCCAUUCACUAUCGCACGCAAUCGAGAAGAUUUUGGAACCGAUGUCAUCUAUGAGCCCAAUAAUGGCCAAUUCGACGCUCCGCAGGACUAUUUCUCUGAAGGAGUUUUCAUCGACUACCGCUACCUUGACGCCAACGGAAUCGAUCCCAUCUACGAAUUUGGCUUCGGUCUGAGCUACACCACCUUUGAAUACUCGAAUCUUGUCAUCACCCCAGGCAACCCAGCACCCUACUCACCAUCCAGUGGGUCGACUGGUCCAGCUCCUGUACUCGGAAAUGCCAGCACCGACUUGUCACAAUAUGUCUUCCCUGAUGACGAGAUCUCAUAUCGACCAUAUCUCUAUAUCUAUCCAUUCCUCAACUCCACAGACCUGGAGGCCUCCGCUGACGACCCAGACUACGGUGCACCAGCUGAAUCGUACGUGCCCGCCGGCGCCACCGACAGCUCCCCACAACCUAUUCUCCCAGCAGGCGGCGCACCAGGCGGCAACCCUCUCCUCUAUGAAAUCGUCGCCACCGUGUCUGCCACCAUCACCAACACUGGAUCCGUCACUGGUGACGAAGUUGCCCAGCUGUAUCUCUCUCUCGGAGAUGGCGAGCCGCCCAAAGUCCUCCGUGGCUUUGAGCGCCUGACCAUCGCACCAGGAGCUUCAGCCACAUUCUCCGCCGACCUGACUCGCCGCGAUGUCUCGGUCUGGGACACAACGGUCCAAAACUGGGUUGAAGUAUCCAACCCCACUGUCUUCGUCGGUGCCUCGAGCAGAAACCUACCUUUGUCAGGCACACUGACCAGCGGUGGGUCAUCCGGUGGUGGUGGUGGUGGUUCGCCGCCACCCCAGCACAGCUCCAGCGCGGGAGGCGGUUAUCCUCACCCUUCUGCGUCAGCAUCGGCAUCAGCAGGUGGGCCUCCACCCCCUGUGGUCAGCCAGCAGUCUGACGGCCAGCCAACAUACCCCACCGGCGCCCCUGUCAGCCAAAUCUCAGAUGGGCAGCCGCAAUGGCAAACCGGCCAGCCGCAGUCAACAAAGACCUGGGGUUGA